GUUUAUUUUUUUUAUUUUUUCAUCUAUUGUAGGAUGACUGCAACACGAGCUCAACUGUGACUGAUCUGACCGUUACUAAUAGGGUACUAGAAGGAUGGCAGGAUUGUGGUUCGAUGUUUGACAAUGUGAAGAGGAUCACGAUACAGGUACGGCGCACGACCAGAUGUGACGUCAUCCACAGGAUCCAUCUACCAUCAGCGAUUGAGUUCACCAUUCAAACACAUGAGCAUGAGUAUUACCCGGCUUCUCUCCACGAUGAUCCCACUUCACUACUCAAUGCACUUCGCAAAGUCUCAUCUCAGCUUGUCAAGGUCACAUUCAGAGAUCUGAACAUCGGCAACAAUAAGACCGAACGAAUGAUUCAAGCUUUCAGAUCAUCGGACGACCUCAAACAUGUGAGGACCCUAAGAUUCAUACGAUGUGGGACUGAUGAGAGAUUGGAUCAUUCUAGUAUUGAUUCCGAUGAUGAACAUAGAAUAAAGGUGGAGAUAGUACGUGGCAAACCAGUUGGGUAAGUCAUGUGACCUCGUUUUGUGAAACGUGUCGCUUUUCAACAUAUGUAAUUCAGAUUUCCAUUACAAAGGAAUUAUUUGCGUUUUUUUCUUGUUUGUUUCUCAUGUGCGAAUUUUCUGUCUCCAUUUAGCAGUGAUUAAUAUAAGGCGACCAUCAAUGUUACUUUUCGGAAGUACAACCAUAUAUUAUGAAAAAUAAAUCUAAUCCUUGCACUGUGCUAUUCCAUCCAAUCUCCUAUAUAUAUUCAAUAUUCUGAUAGAAAGUAUGCCGUCGAAUAUUUUUUAAUGAAGCAAUAUAUUUAUUGUUGGUCGAGAAUUCUUAGAGAAAUCACAUUGUAAAUCUGCAUUCAGAAGGGGGGGGGGGGGUAGUUAAACAUAACACGAGCUGACUAAAGUUUAGAGUGUUUAAAAAAGUUGAAAUUAAGAUGAUCUCCCAUACUUUUCUUUUAGACAGGAAUGAAAAUAUGAACUAAACAUCAACGGUCAAACAAAUACCUGAAAUCAAAUUCUUUUAUAUAAAGAAACCAAAUUAUUUUACCCCUAGCUCGGCUACUGCUAUUUUCUUACAUUAUCAUGGUUAUUUAGACAUAGUUGAAAUUUUCAUGAACCUAAAUGACUAUUAAACAAAGAACUUGAUCACUUGACCAUAAUGAUAAGGAGACCAUCUGAUGAUGCAAAGAAUACAUCGUUAGCUUACAAUGCGGUACCUGGAAAUCGAACAUAAUUUUUCUUUUAAGUCAGUGAUGAAAUAUAUUUAUCUGAUCACGUUGUGAACCUAUUAAUGAAUACAUUCCCAGCAUGGUACACGCUGGUUUACUGAACUCACUAUACACACGCUAAGUGGAAGCGUCGUGGUGUAGCGGUUCUGACCCUCGCCUUGUAAUCAGAGGGUCGUGUGUUCGAAUCCCAC